AUGCCCGCCGCGGCGCCUCCCCCGUUGCACCCCCCAGCGGGGCCCGCGGGCUCCUGCUGCCCCUACGCCCACCACCCGGGACACCGAGGCUUGUUUGACCACACUUUAAACAGCAUAAGCUCAAGGAUAACACAAAGGAGACUUCAAGGGACUUGUCCACCCAUCGGUCAUGGAAAUUUUGGAAAACCUUUCUUGGGUGCAAACAGUUAUAGUUCCCCAUUUUUAAACCCCAGGAAUGGUUUUCACACUAUCCAUUCAGAGAAUAGCCCCGUAAAGCCGAGGAUUGUUACAGUGGUGAAACCAAGUGGACACACACUCAGGAAGAUCACAUUGCUUCUGAACAGGCGAUCUGUCCAGACUUUUGAACAGCUGAUGGCUGAUAUAUCAGAAGCUCUGGGAUUUCCACGUUGGAAAAAUGAUCGUGUGAGAAAACUUUAUAACCUGAAAGGCAGAGAAAUAAGAAGUGUUUCUGAUUUCUUCAGAGACGGUGAUGCAUUCAUUGCUAUGGGAAGGGAGCAGUUGACUUUGAAGAACUUUGAAGUGGUAAUGCAAGAACUUUUUCCCAGUAGCCCAUAUGCUGUUGGUAUAAUUCAACAAAACUUGGAACAGUCCCAAAAACUUAAGAGCAGUCUGUGUGACAAAGCUGUGGAUAGUGGCUUUGAUGAGACAGAGAUUGCCAAGAACUGCAAUGAUGCCAUAUCUUCCCAACUAGGAGCCAGGCAUGAAGGAAAAAUUCAACCUAAGACCAGGCAAGAAGAAAAGGUGAGGGCCAAAAAAAAAUGGGGCAGAGAGAGUUGGGGCAGAGAGCAAGAUGUGAAGCCACCUAGAAAAGCCAGAGAAGGAGAAAGGUACUUUAAUCAAGAGAAAAGUCUUGAGAAUGAAACAGAAAAGAGUUCAGAUGAGAUAAUGAGAUGUGAGAAGUGUCAAAGGGAGAGACAGCUCAGGCAAAAACUACAAAGGGAAAGGCAGGCUGAUGUCUCAUUUGAGAGCAGAGACCUGAAUGUGGGAAUGUGUCAGAGAUAUAAUUUAGAAAGGAAUGUAAAAAUGAGGAAUUGCAGGAAGUCUUCAGAAAACUCUAUAGAAGGUGAGGAAGUUGAAUGGAAGGAUACUGGCUGUAGAAGGAGCUGGAAACCCUUACAAAGGAAUGUUAAUGAAGAGCUAGAAAACCAAAAAAGGAGUUUUGAGAAGGAAAGGGAUCCGGAAAGGCAUGAGAAUCAUGACAAAGAGUUAAUAAAGAUAAAGAAAAAUACUGUGGAAGCUCUGCAGGUGGCUCCUGAAGCAAAGAAAGAGAAUAGAAGCAGUUCCAGAAUUAAUCAAAGUUGUUGGCUAAUGAAGGACUAUCAAGGAGAUGCAGGGAAGCCCAUAAAAGCAAAGGGAGAGGGCAAAGAGGUGCGGAAGGCAAAAGAAGAAAGUGCUGUAGGGGAAGAGAAUGUAGUGCGUGGAGAGAAUGAAUCGACAAGGAUGAAAAAGAUGGGAGAACAUAAAGCCAACAAAGAUGAAAACAAGCCACAAGGAUUUGAAAGCACGAGGCUGAGGCAAAAUGUCCGUACUAGAGCUGAUGUGGAGAGCUAUUAUGAGAUAGGCAGAACCAUUGGGGAUGGAAACUUCGCUAUUGUGAAGGAGUGCCGGUGCUGCAACACCAAUCAGAACUAUGCCAUGAAAAUUGUUGAUAAGUCCAAGCUGAAGGGGAAGGAGGACAUGAUGGAAAAUGAAAUUUUGAUCAUUAAGAGCCUUUGUCAUCCCAACAUAGUGAGUUUGAUUGAGGUGUAUGAAACUGAGGCUGAGAUCUACCUAAUCCUGGAGUAUGUUCCAGGAGGGGACCUAUUUGAUGCAAUCAUAGAGAGCGUAAAGUUCACUGAGCACGAUGCUGCUCUCAUGAUAACUGAUCUGUGUGAGGCUCUAGUUUAUAUUCAUGGCAAGAACAUUGUCCACCGAGAUCUGAAACCAGAAAAUCUUCUGGUUCAGCAUAAUGCAGAUAAAUCUACUACGUUGAAAUUAGCAGAUUUUGGCCUUGCAAAGAAGGUUACAAAACCCAUAUUUACUGUGUGUGGAACACCAACAUAUGUUGCCCCUGAAAUACUUGCUGAGAAGGGCUAUGGACUGGAAGUAGACAUGUGGGCUACUGGUGUGAUACUCUAUAUUCUGCUGUGUGGCUUCCCUCCUUUCCGAAGUCAGGAGCGAGAUCAGGAAGAACUGUUUCAAAUCAUACAGCUGGGUCACUAUGAAUUCCUUUCACCAUACUGGGACAGUAUUUCGGGUGCAGCGAAAGAUCUGAUAACCAGGCUGUUGGUGAUAGAUCCUCAAAAGCGCUACACAGCUCAACAAGUUCUUCAGCACCCCUGGAUCAGAACAGCUGGAAAAACCAACAGCAGAAACCUGCAGAGGGAAGUGACAAUAAAUAUCGAGCGCCACUUUCGGAGCCAGCGCAGGAAGGGAGUUGUAGAUGACGACACAUGA